AUGGCUGUGGACUCUGCACAGCUAGCCUCUGCUGUCAAGAGCCAGCAGGGCACAGAAAUGUUCACUGUGUACCCCACAACCCAAGUGCAGACAUUACUGGCUGCCACCCAAUCACUGUGGACUGGCCCGUACCAUCUCACUUAUGCUGAUGUCACUGCAAAGCACAUGGGCUCCAAAUAUGCUAGUGGCAAGAAGGAUAAGGAACAUCACAAGCGAAUGUCGUCUGACUGCCGGCAAAUGGCGCUUGAUGCUGAAUCUCUAAAAAUCGAGAUAGGGGAAGCAAUGCUACAGAAAUUUGGGCGGAAACUGAACUUAAAGCAUUUAGCGGAAGCAAUUCUUAAGAAGCAUAUUUCGGAGAUGCGAUCCUCUGUGAACAAAUUAAGGCAAGAGUACGACAGAAAAGUUUUUAAAAUGCAGACUGAAGUGCAAGAGAGACUGGAAGCUCUGUCUCGAAUUAUUCAACAGAAUACUGAAAAGAAAAAUCUACUGAUCGUGUUGGAAGCAGAGAAAACUAAACUAUGGAAACUCUUAAAUAAACAAAAGACGAAGCAGGGCGGAUUAACUGCGGCGAAGUUAACAAAAUAUUCAAAAGACUGUGACGCAUUAAACGAUGUGUUAAGAACUCAAGAAUUGGAAAUGGAGGCUCUGCGGAAAGAAAUGAGAAUGUUGUCUUUCAAAUCUGAGCCGCUGCCACCCAUUUCACCUUCGCCUAUUACCGCAAGUCCUGUUCAGAUAGUUGCUGACAUUACUCAAAAACCAAAUAGUAAUUUAAAUGAUGAAGUCAAUCAGUGA